AUGGAUCUGGAUAAUCUGAGCACUCUGAGAGAGAAAUUCACUCUCCGACACCUCAUGCUUAGAGAAUUUCUAGCUGAAUUUCUUGGGACUUUCAUGCUGAUACUCUUCGGCUGUGGUUCAGUAGCCCAGGCUGUACUCAGUAGAGGAGCUCUGGGGGAAACACUCAGCAUUCACAUUGGCUUUACUACUGGGGUAAUGCUGGCUGUGUAUGUAGCAGGAGGAGUGUCAGGAGGACAUGUAAACCCAGCUGUAUCACUGGCCCUGGUUGUCCUGGGAAAAUUUCCCAUUAAGAAAUUCCCAGUAUACGUGGCUGCACAGUUCAUUGGUGCUUUUACAGGUUCCUGUGUUGUUUUUGGACUCUACUAUGAUGCCUUUAUGGACUACAGCAAUGGAGUGCUGCUUGUGUCAGGUGAAAAUGCCACUGCUAACAUCUUCGCCUCAUAUCCAGCAAAACAUCUCUCAACUGUCAACGCGUUUAUAGAUCAGGUGAUCGGCACCGGUGCACUGGUGCUGUGUAUCCUGGCCAUUUUGGACAGGAAGAACAUUGGAGCUCCUAAAGGCAUGGAGCCAUUACUCAUCGGCCUUACUAUCCUGGCCAUUGGAGUGUCUAUGGGUCUAAACUGUGGCUACCCUAUCAACCCAGCGCGAGACCUGGGCCCCCGGAUCUUCACUGCUGUGGCAGGAUGGGGGAUGGAGGUGUUCAGGGCUGGGGGCUGUUGGUGGUGGAUUCCAGUUUGUGCUCCAAUGGUGGGGGGUGUAGUGGGUGCUAUGAUCUACUACCUGCUGAUCGAGCUGCACCACCCUGAGCCAGAGAAGGAGACUAAGAAGGAGAAUACUAUCAGUGACAAGUAUGAAAUGAUCAUCAUAAGCUAAACAUGCCAAGAAAAAAUUAAACAGGACACUUUCUACUAUCUUCAGGUCCAUCCUGC